AUGCCUCCUCCUGGGAUUCCGCCACCAUUCCCCCCAAUGGGGCUGCCCCCAAUGGGUCCACGCCCACCACCCAUGCCACCUAUGCCCCCGGGCAUGAUGCCACCUCCACCAUUGAUCCCACCCAUGCCAGGACCUCCACCCAUGGGACAGAUUCCCACAAUGGUGCCACCCAUGCUUCCUGGGAUGAUGAUGCCAGGGGUUCCAGCUGGGCCUGUUUCUGUCUCUGGCGGGGCAGCUCCUGUGACAGACCCAUCCAGUGCCACUGUGACCCAGGCAGCCCCUGUGAGGCCUGCCUGGAGUGAGCAUAGGGCCCCCGAUGGGCGCAUUUACUACUACAAUUCUGAAACCAAACAAUCAAGUUGGGAAAAGCCAGAUGAACUCAAGUCCAAGGCGGAGCUCUUGCUUUCACGCUGCCCCUGGCGUGAGUACCGCUCAGAGACUGGGAAGCCCUAUUACUACAAUGCUCAAAGCAAGGAGUCGCGCUGGACCCGGCCCCGUGAGCUUGAUGAUAUCGAAGUGCUGAUCCAGGAAGAGGAAGAGGAUUUGGAAAAAGAGCAAGAGCAGCAGCUACCUGAGACUCCUGCCAGUCCAAGCCCAUCUUCUGCUGCCACGUCAGACACAGAAGGGACCGGCGGUGUUGAAGGACAGGAGACCCCAGGCAUCGAGGGGGUUCCUCCUGCAGCUGAAGAGGAAACCAUAAGCAGUUGCGGUCCUGGACAGAGAGACGAGGAAGAUCGAGGCACCAGCAAUGCCUGGAGCAGCAAGGAAGAAGCCAAACAAGCUUUUAAGGAGCUGCUCAAAGACAAGGGUGUCCCAGCAAGUGCAUCGUGGGAGCAGGCCAUGAAACUCGUUAGUAAUGACCCACGAUUCAGCGCCUUGCCCAAACUGAGUGAGAAGAAGCAGGCUUUCAACGCCUACAAGGCCCAGCGGGACAAGGAGGAGAAAGAGGAGGCGCGACUCCGGGCAAAGGAGGCCAAAGAGGAGCUGCAGCGCUUCUUGGAACAGCACAGCAAAAUGAGCUCCACCACCCGCUACAGGAAAGCAGAGCAGAUGUUUGGGGAGCUGGAAGUGUGGGCCAUAGUGCCGGAGCGUGACCGCAAAGAGAUCUAUGAUGAUGUUCUCUUUUUCUUGGCAAAGAAGGAGAAGGAGCAUGCCAAGCAGCUGCGCAAGAGGAAUAUCCAGGCUCUGAAGAGCAUCCUGGACAGCAUGAGCCGUGUCAGCUUCCAGACCACCUGGUCCGAGGCCCAGCAGUACCUGAUGGACAACCCCAGCUUUGCCGAGGAUGAGGACUUGCAAAACAUGGACAAGGAGGAUGCCUUGAUCUGCUUUGAGGAACACAUCCGGACUCUGGAAAGGGAAGAAGAAGAAGAGCGGGAGCGUGGCCGUCUACGAGAGAGACGCCAGCAGCGCAAGAACAGGGAAGCCUUUCAGGCCUUCUUGGACGAGCUUCAUGAAUGUGGGCGCCUGCACUCCAUGUCCACCUGGAUGGAGCUGUACCCCUCGCUCAGCACUGACAGACGCUUUGCCAACAUGUUGGGUCAGCCUGGUUCCACUCCUCUAGACCUGUUUAAAUUCUAUGUGGAAGACCUCAAGGCACGCUUCCAUGAUGAAAAGAAGAUCAUCAAGGAUAUUCUCAAGGACCGAAGCUUCAGCGUGGAAAUAAAUACAACCUUUGAAGAUUUUGCCCAUGUCAUCAGCUUUGACAAGCGUGCUGCUACCCUUGAUGCGGGCAACAUUAAGCUGACUUUCAACAGUCUGCUGGAGAAGGCUGAGGCGCGUGAGCGUGAACGUGAGAAGGAAGAAACACGUAAGCUGCGGCGCAAGGAGGCGGCAUUCAAGAGCAUGUUGCGGCAGGCAGCUCCCCCUCUGGAACCGAACUCCACCUGGGACGAGGUGCGAGAGCGGUUUGUCACUAACAUAGCCUUUGAACAGGUCACGCUGGAAUCAGAGCGAAUCCGUCUUUUUCGUGAAUUCCUGCAAGUGCUGGAGAUGGAGUGUCAACACUUCCAUGCCAAGGCUAAGAAGCAUGCUAAGAAGCCCAAGAAACACCAUCACAAACACUCUGCUUCGGGCUCAGAGUCGGGCUCAGAUCAUCCCCACCGGGCAGCCAAACGCAAGAAACGGAACCAUUCUGAAUCAGCUGGUUCAGGAGCAUCUUCUUCACCUGAUUCAGAGCACAGCACCAGGCGCUCCAAGAGGCAGAAGAAGAAGAGCAAGAAAAAGAGGCAUAAAUCGAACAGCCCAGAAAGUGAAGCUGAGCGCAAGAAAGAGCCCAGCCGCCCUGAGGAGUGGGAGCGGGAGAAGGUCCCUCCACGGCCUGAGGGAAGAGGCCACUCCCCUCCCCGGGGUGCCAGGAGGGAGCGGAGUGGUUGGGAUACCUCAGAGAGCGAGGAGCUCAGUGAAGGGGAGUUAGAACGGCGGCGGCGGACUCUUUUGCAGCAACUGGGUGACCAGUAACAGCUGCUGCCUUACUUUGAGGUUUCCUCCCCCUCCCCCAUUACAUGUGAGGACCCAGUUGGUACCAAUUGCUUUCCUUUGGCCUGGAUAGCAUCCAAGCCAAGUGCGUGCAUUGCCCUGACUGGAACCUGCUCAAUCAGGCCGCAGCCCUGCGUGGUAACUGUUUACUUACUUCUGAGGCAGGACUGUCACCCUGCUCUUGGGAGGGACAAUCUCCAUCAACUCGCUCUGUCUGCAGAGAGCACAGAGAGGGAUUUUGGACAGACUUUUUGGACC